AUGCGCGCUUCUACUGUUCUCAUUGCUCUCGCCGCCGUCGCAAUGCAAGUUGUCGUGCCGGUUAUGUCCUACCCGUCCUCUAGCUAUGCUCUGUACCGCCGGGAUGGAUUUGAUGCGCUAUCCGCUCGCGAUUACCAACUGUACGACCUAUUAGCUCGUGCCGAUCGCCAGUAUGCGGCACAAAACCUCUACAACAGACAAGCAUCCGCCGGGACCCCGCGCAGUCGUCGCCGGCAAAUUCAGAACCACAUUUCUCAGCAGGGUACGGAGGCUGUGGCCACUGAUGCAGCCCUCGACCACGCCGCCGGUUCUGUAGUCAAGGAUUGGUGGUCAAAGCACGCCGGCUCUAUAGUGGACGGUAUAAAGACCACCAUAGAGGGCACCGUAGAGUCUGCUGGAGGAGUAGUCUUGGCGAAUGAGAUAAGUAGUGCAGGGGCCCCUGCUGCGACGGCGGCCUAA